AGCAUUUGGAUCAAGCAGCGAGGUGCCGCGAUCAGGGAGGUCGAUCCUGACUUUGUCCAGCCAUGUUGUUCCGCACAGCUGCGCUGUUGCUGCUCGCCGCCGCGGCCGCGGCUGAUCCUGCCCUUCGCGGCCCGGCUGCCGCAGCCACCGGAGAGCUCGAGCACGCCGAGCAUGAGGCGGCACUCGUCGAGCGAGCCACUUACGAGAGCGACCUGCGUGCUGCGGAUGUGCCCAAGGUCGACGACAUGCCAAAGACGGUGGAGCUUGGAAAGACGGAGGAGGUGAACCCAUACAUGACCAACGGAGCAACAGCAGAGGCAUUGUUCGCUCUAUUCAGCAUGGUUGCGCUCAUGAUCUGCUGGAUCGAGUGUUGCAAGGCUGCGAAGUGAGAAUCCUUGCCUGCCCUGCUGGGAACCCUUUAGAGCAAUAGUGGUCUUCGCAAGCUGCCGCGCGUGAAGGGUCGUGGCGACUAGCGUUUUUUGCUGAGGUCACUGCUGGCAUAGCCGCCACUGGCCGACUGCUUCCUCACCGUCGAGCAACGCCUCUCCUCUGGUCAAGAUCACUGCCGCUAACAGGCGUAAGCUCAUAUGUUGACCUGGCCUGACCGUUGAGCCCCCCUGGCGUUAUUGCCGAUUCUGGCAUCUGUGCUGUGUGCGGUGACCGCGCGCGCUUCGCUUCUUCCUCGCUCCGCCUCCCCCCUCGCUUUAGUUCCACGCAGCACCCGUCGCAGCCACCAGUCAGGUUGCCACGCUGGUAUGUUGGUGUCUGCCUUUGCCCGCUUCCCGCCCUGUCCUGCCAUUGCCCUCUCCUCGCGCAAGCCUCCCUCGAUUCACAAUUUUGAAGGGAGCGCGAUUGCCUUCAGAAAGUACGUGCUCAUGUAGAACGAUCAUGGGGCGCUUGGGGCAACAAAUGUGUGAAUGGUCGUUUGUGAAGACGAUAGGCGUGCGCGCUUGGCAUAUAUUGUCGUCCCCUCGGCAUGAACGGCCUCUCCGCAGGAUGCGAAGUCCGCCAACGCUAGGCAAACACGAGCGUAACGUCUAUUGCUCGACGCGCUCUGAAACUGGCUUCUGUCCCCACCCUACGGGGGGAGCCAUUCUCGUUGGUUUGUCAGGGGGGCUCCCCCACCACCGAGUUGAGCGUGGUGUACACGCACACUCCGUCCGAAUGGCAUGCACUGCAGACCAGGCUGACUCAAGAUUUAUUGCGGAGG